AUGGCCAUGACAUCUCAAGUUCAGAGUACCAAUUCUGUUCUGGACAGUAGCUUUCGCAUAAAGCUGCUGGAGAUCGAUUCACACCUGGGGGAGGAAGAGGUAGAACACCUAAGGUUUCUCUGCCAAGACUUUGUCUCCUUGAAGAAGCUAGAGAAUUGCACGUCAGCUUUCAACAUUUUCGAACAUCUCUUGGCUGAGGAGAAGGUGAGUGAGGAAGACUCCUUCUUCCUUGCGGAACUCCUCUACACCAUCAAGCAGAAGUCGCUGCUGCGGUAUCUUGACUACAGCAAAAAGCAAGUGGAGAGUUUGCUGCCGACACACAGGAGCAUCUCUCUGUUCAGAACCUUGCUGUAUGAUCUGUCAGAAGCUAUUGAUCCAGAGACCUUACAGGAAAUGAGUUUCCUUUUGAAGGAUGAAAUUCCAAAAGCCCCGAAGACUUCUCUAAGUUUCCUCGCAUGUCUGGAGAAACAAGCUAAAAUAGAUGAAGACAAUCUGGACUUACUGGUGCAGCUCUUCCAAAAAACCAAACCUAUCCUCGUAAGAAAAAUAGAAAAAUAUGAAAAAGAGAAAGCCACCCAGGUUGUGGCACUGCCUGUGACCAAGGAAACUGAGUCAUUGCAUCAAGGAGAGGAAGAACAGGUCUCGCCUUUAGACAUGAAAGAACUCUCUGAAUCCUUACAGGAGGCCGAUGUGUAUAGGAUGGAUAGAAAACUCAGAGGUUACUGUGUCAUUAUCAACAACGAAACUUUUACCUCACUGCCCCCUCGACCAGGGACCCAUUCCGAUGCUGAGUUCCUGCUAGAUGUAUUUGAGUGGCUUGGGUUCAUUACAGAAAAAGUUGAUAAUGUGACCAAGACAAAGCUUGAGGAUAUUCUGAAGAAAUAUAAGGACCUUCCAGGCCACGCUGAUGGAGACUGCUUUGUGUUCUGUGUUCUGACCCAUGGGAAACAUGGAGGAAUCUACACUUCAGAUGGGUCCUUCAUCUACACUGAGAAGAUCAUGUCUCAUUUCACCCUCAGUCAGUGCCCUGGUCUGGCAAACAAACCCAAACUCUUUUUCAUCCAGGCCUGUCAGGGUGAAAAGACACAGCCUUCCAUUUCCACUCAAGCAGAUGCUAUAACAUUUGAGCACCAAAAUCCUGAACCUCUCUCUCUUCAGAAAGGUCUUCCUGAUUGGGUGGAUAUCCUCCUUGGCCAGUCCACCUUCCCUGGCUAUGUUUCUUUUCGGGAUGUGAACACAGGCAGCUGGUAUAUCCAGUCUCUCUGUCGUCAUCUGAAGGCCAUGGUCCCAAGGCGUCAUGACAUCUUAGCCAUCCUCACUGCUGUCAACAAAGAUGUGAGUGAAAAAGAGGAUUCAUCUGGAACAAAGAAACAGAUACCCCAGCCUUCUUUCACGCUGCGCAAAAAACUCAUAUUCCCUGUGCCACCCGAACAGUAG